CAGCCCAACACAGACUACUACUGCUACACCGAAUCUCGAGCUUGAAAUUCAGCGCGUGGAGUUCUGAAACGCCUGACUCCUUUGUGUAAGACCCUUGCGUCACGAGUGACGUAUACGGAAAUAUAAACAAUAACAACUGAGCUUCUGAGGAAACAGAAACCUAAGCUAAAUUAUUAUGACAGUAUUGGGGUAUUAUUGCAUUUAAAUUGAGGUAACUAUGUAUACAUUGGUGGUCAGAUCAUAAUAAUUACAUGAAUAACAAUGACAAUAAAUACAUUUUGAAAUCUCGCCAAACAGGCACAAAAUAAUAAUAAUAAUCGGUGUAAAGUUGCAUCAUCGUUCGAUAUUCGAUAGUGAAGAUAGGUCCGAAUUUUACUAUAUAGAAUAGAGCAGCUCGUUCAUGUAUCUAGUUUAUAAUAUGCUAUGUUUAGACACCAGUGUUAAAGAUGCCAGUUGAUACCGUUUUAUAUUGGAUAUACAUUGCGUGAGCACCGCGAUCCUAAAACAAUAGCACAUUUUGGUCCAGCUCUUUGGUACAAAAGCCUGUCUGGGUCCAGCCGUCUGCUGCUGUUUAUGCCUUUGCCACAGAUGCAUUGCUCCGUAACUGACAAGUGUGUUCAGCAUGUUCAGCAAAUGUGUCCCAAAAACAAUGAUGAGGAAUCAUGCGAGGAGGAGAUGGACACAACUGAGCCUAACUGGCAUUGGUUUUACCUGGCUGAAUGUGGAGUGUGGCACAUGUUUGAGAUUGAUCCCAGUGCAGGAUGCUCGGUGACCAGCGAACAGAUUGAAGCGAAUUACAACAGGAAUCAGCAUGGUUCCAUGGAUUUCUAUACACCUAAAUAUAGCUACAGAUUAGACUUUUCAGUUAUGAAGCAAAUCAAUGUCACAACUGGAAAACAGAGACCAAUAAAAAGGGCUCUACAUUCUGCCACUGGAUUUAGAUUUAUCUGUGAUAACCUGGCUCUGCCAGUCCCUUGUCACUGGGAAAGAGUUAACACAGAUGAGCCAUACCAGCUCAUCCCUCUGUGCAGAGACACAUUUGAAUACAAAGAGGUGGCCAGGCUGUAUGAGAGGACAAUGUCUCAACCUAUAAAAUCCAUUCAGAGGAUACAGAACCUGGAUCUGUGGGAGUUUUUCUGCAGGAAAAAGGCCCAGCUGAGAAAGAUAAAACGUAUUAUAGAUAUUGAUGAGAGGAUGCUGUUUCAUGGGACAGGUCACAGUAACCUCCAGGCUAUUUGCACAUACAACUUUGACUGGCGACUUACAGGAAGUCAUGGUGACGUCUAUGGAAAAGGAAGCUAUUUUGCUCGUGAUGCCAAAUACUCCAGUAAGUUCUGCCACUCCACCAGCAAGCAUAACUUCACGCUGCAGAGACACGGCCUGGCACCGCCCAUAUUCCAGAGUGACCCGCCGUAUAAGUGCAUGUUUCUGGCACGGGUGUUAGUAGGGGAAUACACAGUAGGUCACCCACACUUCUGUCGCCCGCCCUCCAAAGACCUGAGUAUUGCCAACUUCUUUGACAGCUGCGUGGACGAUAUGGUUAACCCGAAGAUCUUUGUAAUAUUUGACAGCAACCAGAUCUAUCCUGAGUACCUUAUCGAAUUCUACUGAUGAAGAGGCAAAGGACAAUUUGGACUAGUUAUUUAUUGAAGCCACAGGAAUGGUUGCUUCAAAUAAAAACAGCAAAGCCGUGGUUUGAAGAGCCAUGACUUCCCUGUGUGUCAGUGCCAAAGUUAAGGUGUGUACAUGCCUGUGAUGAUAACGACUCACAUAAGACAGGAAACGUGGGGGUCAAAAACAUACUAGUGAGUCCCAGCUCCAGUUCCUGAGGGCUAGAGUCAAGCACAGUUUGCCCCUUUCUCAGCAUUAAUAUAUUCACAUUUCCUUCCCAGUUUGGUCAGGCAAAUUCCCACCCACUAGCUAACUCUCCCCUAUCUCUAACCAGCUACCAUCAUUGAGGGUGGGGCAAACGUGUGCUUUAUCCAAGCCAACCUCCUCAUGUUUUCACUGCUGUUCAUACUGUGUCCCAGGGCAGCAGAACACACUCGGAGGAAAGCUUUGCUGCCCUCUUCUGCAUACAUGACACCAUAGACACCCAUAGUGUCUGUGUGAUUGACAGGGGAGAGAGAGUAUGCCAUUCUACCCACCCAGAAAGUAUGGCAAGUUUUGCUCUCUUGACUCCCAGCCAUGGAUGACUAUGGCAUCAUCGGGAUUAGUACUUGUGAUCACAGAUGAUAGGUCGCAUACUUUUCUGUUGCACCACUUAAGGAGCCAUAUUCACAUUAUAUUCACGACUUACACAAACGCUUUGUGGUGACCACUGAAAACAUAUUGUCAUGAUUGUAUAAAUAUGUCAGUGUCUACUCAUGCAAAUCAUCACUUAAUCAGUAGGAGCAGGGAAAUAAGCAAACUGCUGAGCUCUGUUCAGAACUGGAGUUGUGCACCUCUGACAUAGACUGUGAAUCAUAUUCUAUCCAUGCUCUUAUUUGGGCUGCACAAUAAUGGCUAUAAAGAUCAUUGUAGUUAUUUUGCUCAAUACUGAGGUCAGAAUAGCACUGCAUGGCCAAAAGUAUGUGGAUGCCUGACCAUUACACCCAUAUGUGCUCCUUCCCUGAACUGUUGCCACAAAGUUAGAAGCACAAAUUGUAUAAGUUGUCUUCGUAUGUUGUAACAUUAAGAUUUCCCUUCACUGGAACUAAGAGGCCUAAACCUAUUCCAGCAUGACAAUGUCCCUGUGGACUAUGCAAGCUCUAUGAAUACAUGGUUUGCCAAGGUUGGAGCAGAACUGAAUGCCAGGCCUCCUCACCGAUAUCAAUACCUGACCUUACUAAUGCUUUUGUGGCUGAAAAGACACAAAUCCCCACAAUCACAUUCCAAAAUAUAAUUUGAAGCCUUCCCAGAAGAAUGGAGGUUAUUGUAACAGCAAAGGGGGGACAAACUCUGGAAUGGGAUUUUCAGCAAGCACAUAUGGGUGUGAUGGUUAGGUGUCCACAUACAUUUGGCAAUAUAGUGUAUAAUCAGAAUUACAUUAUAUAUUUUUUUAUUUUAUAUCAUAUUAUUUCAAAUCAACACAAAUAAGUCAGAUCUACCUCCAAAACCUCAAAUGCCGACUUUUCUUACUUCCUUAAAAGGGCCCUAUCUUGUUAUCUUGUUAGCUGGUCUGAUGCAUGACGCAUAUUAUUUAAAUGAAUUCCCAUGUAGUACUGUAUGGUCAGUCCACAAAAAGGGGAACAAACAGAAAUGGGAAGUGGAAGUGUUGGAGAUAAUGAGUGAAAUAAGGAUGACAAUAGUAAGCCAAAAGGGAUAGUUUCACUUUCUCACAAUCAGAGUUUGUCAAUCAGUUUGGACCAUAAUA